UUGAUAGCAAUCCCUGGUAAGGCAACUACUACUAAAUAACAAAACUACGCCGGCUCUUACAUCACAAUGAGAACUCAAGGCUCAACGAUUCGAAGGCGCAAAACGGGGAAACUGCAUUAAGAAUCAUCUUUGUUACUUCCAAGGCUUGUCAAAAUGAAAGACGGAGCACUUCAUGUACUCAUGUUUCCAUGGCUGGCAUACGGCCAUAUCUCUCCUUUUCUCGAGUUAUCCAAGAGACUUGCAGAUCAGGGGUUGAGGAUCUCUUUUCUCUCCACCCCGGGCAAUAUUUCAAAGAUAAAGUCCUCGUUACAUGAAAAGUGGGCGGGAAAGAUCGAUAUGGAGGAGCUGCCGCUGCCCCCUGUGGAGGGUCUGCCUCCUGAAGCAGACAGCACCGCCGAUAUUCCCAUGGAAAUGGCAGAUCUUUUGAAGAUAGCUCUUGACGGUCUCGAGAAACCCUUUGAGCACCUUCUCUCACGGAUUCAACCGGACUAUAUAAUUCAUGAUUUUUCACAGCACUGGGCUGCCACUGUAGCCGCCAAGUUUGGUAUCCCAGCCAUUUUUUUCUUCAUCUUUCGGUGUCUCGGCCAUUGGUUACGCUAUAGCGCCAAGCAGAAUCAAGGCUGGAGAAACCACUGUAGAAGAUCUGCUCGCGCCACCACCGGGUUAUCCACCGUCUGUCAUAGCUUAUCGGUCGGUUUUUUAAAUAUUGAAGCGUGUAAGCUUAUGCUCGUCAGGUCAUGCUUUGAGUUGGAGGGCAAGUAUAUUCAUUAUCUGGAGGCGGAGCACAAAAAGCGUGUCAUUCCUGUCGGUCUUCUCCUGCCGGAGACUUUCCCGACGAUAGAGCAGAACGAGUGUCUGAGAUGGCUGGACAAUUAUCCGCCCAGUUCUGUUGUUUACGUGUCGUUUGGGAGCGAGUGUUUUCUGUCCAAGCAGCAGGUUGCUGAACUGGCAAAGGAGCUGGAGGAGACCCAUGUCCCUUUUCUGUUGGUUCUGCGUUCCCCUCGCUACAACGAUGAUUCCACGUCAUCAGCAGAAGAGAGAGCGAGGACGUUACUGCCCCAGGGAUUUGAGGAACGCACGAGGGAGAGGGGUGUGGUGUACUGCAAGUGGGCACCGCAGCAGAAGAUUCUUUGCCGUCCUUCGACUGGGGGGUUUGUGAGCCACUGCGGGUGGAGCUCAGUGUUGGAAGCGCUGAGGUUCGGGGUAAAGAUAAUAGCGCUGCCGAUGUAUAUUGAUCAGGGACUCGACGCGCGGCUGCUGGCCGAGGAACUCCGUAUUGGCAUGGAGAUCGGGAGGGAAGAAGAUGGGAGUUUCAGAGCGGAGGAAAUUAGGAGGUGUGUGAGGGAAUUUAUGGUGGAAGAAGAAGGACGACGUGUGGCGGAGAGUACAUAUAAAGUCAGAGAGAGAUUGUUUGGGGAGGAGGGUAAGCAAGAGAGCUACAUACGCGAAUUUAUGAAGCACCUUCUCUAGUCACCGCCUGCAGGUUUUCAACACUCUGGUUAAAUUCCAUGUUAUGUUCAAUAAAAGUCCCCGAAGCGGCCAUGGCCGUGUAUGUUAGUUUUGUAUUAUUCGACCUUCGAGUAAGAAAAUUUGAUGUUUGAUUUCAAAAA